ACACACCCUAACAUCUCGGCCGCCGAUUCCCCAGCAAUCUCGAAUACAACGUGAGGACCGCUUCUCCCAGAAGCCUCGCCCGACUUUCCCCCAACUGCCCUUCUCUCCCCGAUAGUCCUUCCUCCCCCGACACCUCCCCUGCGCCCCGUUCCCCGCCGGCCCCUGCCCUGCCGCGGUUCCGCCCUCCGCUCCGGCGAGCGCCAGCAACCGGAAUCGCGCCGGCCGUCCUCCGUGAGCCCGGAUCUGUGACGGCAUGCCCUGAAGCGGCCGCUAGGCCUGCAGAUCGUCGACGCCGCCGCCCCCCAAGGUGCACCGGCUGCCCUCCGCUCCGGCGAGCGCCACCGACCGGAUUCGCGCCGGCCGUCCUCCGUGACCCCGGGUUCGCGCUGGCCAUCCUCCAUCCUCCGUGUCCGCCGCCGGCCCCCACCCCAAGGUGCGCCGCCGCCUUAUUCUUUCGAUUGGAGUAGCGCCGCCGGCCCUGACUGAAGCACGAAGCCUCCACAACGUGUUGCACCCACCGUGGACACGAACAAGAGUCUUAUGCUUCUCGUCUUCCACUCCACGCCUCCUCCACAUCACCGCCGGAGAUCAUGGCGCGGCUCCUCUCCUCCCCUCCGUGCGGCGAGGCGCUGAGCGCGUCCACGAUUGUGGCGGAGGCCGUGACCGGGUCGCACGUCCUCAAGAUCGAGGGGUACUCCCUGACCAAGGGACUCGGCAAUGGCGAGUUCAUCUGCUCCAGCACAUUCAGCGUGGGUGGCCAUCGCUGGUGCAUCAGGUACUACCCUGAUGGCGAUGGCUUAGACAGUGCCGAUUGGAUAUCCAUCUAUCUGCAGCACGAUGAUACCUGUAAUGCUGUGGACGCCAAGGCACAAUCCAGUUUCAGCGUCCUCGACGAGAUCGGUGAACCAGUGCCAAAGUUCAUCCAGAACGGCAAUUUGAAGGCCUACUCCGCCAAAGUUCGGUGCUGGGGUUUCGACAAAUUCAUCGAAAGGAAGGCCCUAGAGGAAUCGGCCUGCCUGAAAGAUGAUAUCCUUCGAGUCAGGUGCGAUGUCACCGUCGUAAAGGACAUCCGCACCGAGGCCACCGAGCAGUUCGUCGUCGUAACGCCAUCGAACAUCCACGUGCAAUUCGGGCGUCUCCUCCAGGCCGGAGAAGGGGCGGAUGUCACCUUCGAGGUCGCCGGGGAGACGUUCGCCGCGCACAGGUGCGUGCUGGCCGCAAGGUCGCCGGUGUUCAUGGCCGAGCUCUUGGGCCCCAUGAAGGAGAAGGCCACGAGCCACGUACGCGUCGACGACAUGGAGCCUGGGGUGUUCGAGGCCAUGCUCCACUUCAUCUACACUGACACCAUGGCAGCAGGUACGGAUAAGGGAGACGACGACGCGCCGGCGGCCGCUCAGCAUUUGCUUGUGGCGGCGGACAGAUAUGAUUUGGAGAGGCUGAAGCUGAUGUGCGAGGAGAAGCUGUGCAACUACAUUGGCACGAGCACGGUGGCGACGACGCUGGCGCUGGCAGAGCAGCAUGGCUGCCAUGGGCUCAAGAAGGCAUGUUUUGAUUUUCUCAGGACGCCGAGCCAUCUCAAGGAAGCCAUGGCUAGUGAGGGCUUUGACCAUCUGCUGAGUAGCUGCCCAUCUGUGAUCAAGGAGCUGCUGGCCAAGGCUGCUCCAUGUCCCUGAUGGCUAGCUGCAAAAUCAGGGACAAGGUGCCUAUUUUUUCGUAUGUGUCAAUCAUCGAUCAGUGUGAUGAAAGGCUGGAACACUUUCCUAUCUUAAACAAAUAUUACUAUUUUUCUUUACGUGGUUGUAAUGUGGAAUAGUAAUGCUAAUGCAUGGUUUGACGGUUGAGUCGAAACACCUGCUGAAUACUUGUACUCGCCAAA